AUGGGAAGUUCCUUUGAUGGCCUUGUCGAAGAGUUCCCUGGCCUCGGUGUCGAUAAGUUUAAUUCAAUAGCAGAAGUCUUUUUGCUUACACAUUUCCAUGCCGAUCACUUAACUGGUUUAUCGAAUAUUGGGUUUACUAGUAAAGUCUAUUGCAGCAACACUACCAAGAAACUCAUAGACCAGGAUGAAAACUAUGGGGCUGUUCUGUGCAAACUUGUUGGGGUUCCUUUCAAUACACCUCUAAACUUGAAGGUUAAAGAUAGAGAGGUCAGAAUCAUAUUUAUUCCUGCUUACCAUUGUCCGGGAGCUUCUAUGAUUUUGAUUGAAGGUUUUGGAAGAUCUGUUAUAUGUACGGGUGAUGUUAGAGCAGAGAAAUGGUGGGUUAAUACACUCCCAAAGAACGUUUAUCUUUUUCCGUACACCACUGGCCAAAAGAAGCUUGAUAAUAUUUACUUGGAUACCAGUUUUGGAGUUAGAGGAGAACCUUUUAUUAAUAUAAUCACAAAUGAAGAUGCAAUAACGACUGCAAUUGAUCUAAUAAAGCUUUAUCCCUUAGAUGAUCCUGAUAUUCAGUUUUAUUUCGCUGAUAGCACAUCAGGAUUUGAAGAAUGCUGGGCUCAAAUAAUAAAUGUCAUCAAUGGAAAGUUCCACACGGGAGCGAGAAUUAUGAAACGAAUACAAUCUAUUUCGAAGUGUGAUUUGUAUGGUUCGUUUGCUGAUAUUCUUAUGAAAGCAGUAGACAAAGAAGGACCUUUGUUUCAUGCUUGUGGGAACUAUCCUCGUCUUUGCAAGAUGGUACCUUGCAAAUUUCCUGUCAGGAUCAAGCAAUCCAUAAAAUUUAAUAUCCUUGACUUGACUGGGGUUUUCUUUCCAAUUCAACUAAGCAGCUUAUCUGAAUUCGAAUUAAAAAACGAGCUCUAUAUUUUAGAUACUACACCGAAGGGUAAUAAGAUUAUAAGAUUUAGAAAUCGUAUGUGGAUUCUAAGGCAAGACGGUCAGGAAUUGUUACCUAGCGAGAUAAAGUUAAUAUUUUCAAGGCACUCAACUUACUCAGAGGCAAGAUACCUCGUUUCUCUAUUUGCACCCAAACAAGUCUAUCCUUGCGUGGAGUCUGAAACUAGCUGGUAUGAGGGGUUUUUGAUGUCAAGAGUAUUUGGUGACCUCUGUGCUUCAGCGGAUGACGUAACACAAUAUACUUAUGAUAGGCGUAUGGCCUUCUCACUUGGCUUACCUUCACGAGCGGUGAUUGAUCGGCCGUUAAAAGUGAUCAACAGAUGGAUUUUUGAAGACUCCAAAAUGGAAGAAAAUUUUGUACAUAGAUUUUUGAAGAGAAAAGAAGCUAAAAAUGAAAAUCUAAGUAAAAUGGAUUUUAAGUUUAGAGGAAUCGGAUGUUUUAGCUCUCCUGAAAAAAGCAUAGAGCCCAACAGCUGUCAAUUACAUCAGUUUAUUAUGGGACGGCGCCAGGGAAGCUUUAAAAAAAUGAUAGAGGAGCAACAAAAGUUGUACAAGGAAAAGUAUUAUAAUGAUGUCAGGUAUAUUAAUAAUCACAAGGAGUAUGUUGAUUUAGAGCUUGGGAGCCUGUAUGAUUACGACAGUGAAUCUAUAGAAUCUCACUAUUUUGAGGAUAAUAGUCUGAACAAAUCUACUGAAAGUCAACAAAGAAGAGAAAUUGAAGAAUAUUUUCACAAAAUAGCAAAGGCGAGGCCCUCGUUGAAAAGAAAUGUGAGCGCAUUGCCAGGGAAAAGAACUUCAGUUGAACGGUCUGUGAUUUCUUCCAGUUUUAGCUCUAUUGAAGUGUCGUUCUCAAGGAAUCCCAUCUCUCGUAGCAUUAGUUCCACGCGGUCUAUCGAAAGAGUUUCGAAACCUUACCCAAGAGUUAAUAAGGCACAUGUUAACCAGAUAACUCAAGAUUUGAGAAAUAAUCCAAACAAGUGGUUCACGAUGAAGCUACAGUCAGCAAAUAAUAUGACAGUGAGCCAAAGCUCGAAAUGUGUGGAUUCUUAA